AUGUCCAAGAAAGGGCGAAAUAAGGGCGAGAAGCCCGAGGCGCUCAUUGUCGCCCUUCAAGCUGCCAACGAAGACCUCAGGACCAAGCUCACAGACAUCCAGAUAGAGCUGCAUCAAGAGAAGUCCAAGGUAUCUAAACUCGAGAGAGAGAAGACUCAAGAAGCCAAGAGGAUCCGUGAGCUGGAGCAGCGCAAGCACACGGUGCUGGUGACGGAACUCAAAACCAAGCUCCACGAGGAGAAGAUGAAGGAGCUGCAGGCCGUGCGGGAGAAUCUCAUCAAGCAGCACGAGCAGGAAAUGGCCCGGACAGUGAAGGUGCGGGACGGGGAGAUCCAGAGGCUCAAGUCGGCGCUGUGUGCGCUCCGGGACGGCAGCAGCGACAAAGUAAGGACAGCGCUCACCAUCGAGGCCCGCGAGGAGGCCCGGAAACUUUUUGAUGCAGAGCGCCUUAAGCUCUUACAGGAAAUUGCGGACCUGAAAACGGCCAAGAAGCAGGUGGAUGAGGCGCUAAGCAAUAUGAUCCAAGCGGAUAAAAUCAAGGCUGGGGACCUCAGGAGUGAGCAUCAGUCCCACCAAGAAGCCAUCUCCAAGAUCAAGUGGGAGUCGGAGCGGGAUAUUCGGAGGCUGAUGGAUGAAAUCAAAGCCAAGGACAGGAUCAUCUUUUCCCUGGAAAAGGAACUGGAGACCCAAACAGGCUAUGUACAGAAACUCCAGCUGCAGAAGGAGGCUUUGGAUGAACAGCUCUUUCUGGUCAAGGAGGCUGAAUGUAACAUGAGCAGUCCAAAACGAGAAAUUCCGGGAAGGGCAGGAGAUGGCUCUGAACACUGCAGCAGUCCUGAUUUGCGAAGAAAUCAAAAGAGAAUAGCUGAGUUGAACGCCACUAUAAGAAAAUUAGAAGACAGGAAUACCUUGCUUGGAGAUGAACGAAAUGAAUUGUUAAAACGCGUGCGGGAAACCGAAAAACAAUGUAAACCUCUUCUGGAAAGGAACAAGUGCCUCGCCAAGAGAAAUGAUGAACUGGUGGUGUCUUUGCAGCGCAUGGAAGAGAAACUAAAAGCCGUUACCAAGGAAAAUUCAGAAAUGAGAGAAAAAAUUACAUCUCAUCCACCCUUGAAGAAAUUAAAAUCUCUGAAUGACCUCGAUCAAGCUAAUGAAGAACAAGAGACAGAGUUUCUAAAACUUCAGGUCAUUGAGCAACAGAACAUUAUUGAUGAGCUCACAAGGGACCGGGAAAAGCUCAUUCGUAGGAGAAAGCAUAGAAGAAGUUCCAAGCCAAUUAAGAGGCCUGUUUUGGACCCAUUUAUUGGCUACGAUGAGGACUCCAUGGAUUCGGAAACAUCAUCCAUGGCCUCAUUUAGAACAGACCGAACGCCAGCUACUCCUGACGAUGACUUGGAUGAAAGUCUAGCAGCUGAAGAAUCUGAGCUACGAUUCCGACAAUUAACAAAAGAGUACCAGGCUCUCCAAAGAGCCUAUGCCCUCUUGCAGGAGCAGACUGGAGGCAUCAUUGAUGCUGAAAGAGAAGCCAAGGCUCAAGAGCAACUCCAGGCAGAGGUGCUAAGGUAUAAAGCCAAAAUUGAAGAUCUGGAAGCGACUCUGGCUCAGAAAGGGCAGGAUUCACACUGGGUAGAAGAUAAACAACUUUUCAUUAAGAGAAACCAGGAGCUUUUAGAAAAGAUAGAAAAACAAGAGGCAGAAAAUCACCGGCUCCAACAGGAACUGCAGGAUGCCAGAGACCAGAAUGAGCUGCUGGAGUUUCGAAAUCUAGAGCUAGAAGAAAGAGAGAGACGAUCCCCUCCAUUUAAUCUGCAAAUUCACCCAUUCUCAGAUGGUGUGAGUGCUCUACAGAUCUACUGUAUGAAAGAAGGUGUCAAGGAUGUGAACAUCCCUGAUCUCAUAAAGCAGCUUGAUAUCUUGGGUGAUAACGGGAAUUUAAGAAAUGAAGAGCAAGUGGCUAUAAUUCAGGCCAGCACUGUGCUGUCCCUGGCAGAAAAGUGGAUCCAGCAAAUUGAAGGAGCAGAGGCUGCCCUGCACCAGAAAAUGAUGGAAUUAGAAAGUGACAUGGAACAAUUCUGCAAAAUCAAAGGCUAUCUGGAAGAAGAACUAGACUACAGGAAACAAGCUCUCGACCAAGCAUAUAUGAGAAUCCAGGAACUAGAAGCAACUUUGUACAAUGCUCUGCAGCAAGAAACUGUUAUCAAGUUUGGUGAAUUAUUAACUGAAAAACAGCAAGAGGAGCUGAGGACAGCAGUGGAAAAGUUACGGCGGCAGAUGCUGAGGAAGAGCAGAGAGUACGACUGUCAGAUUCUUCAGGAGAGAAUGGAGCUCUUACAGCAAGCUCAUCAGAGAAUUCGUGACUUAGAAGAUAAAACAGACAUCCAGAAAAGACAGAUAAAGGACUUAGAAGAAAAGUUUCUGUUUCUAUUCUUGUUCUUCUCUCUUGCCUUUAUUCUAUGGCCUUGA